UCCCUAGAUAAAACAGCAGAGGGACAAAAUUACAGGUAAAAGUUUUUAGAAAAACCCGAAAUGUGCUAAAUGAGAUACCUUUUAAUAUUCUCUUGAGCAAGAGAAAACAUGCAAGCAAUUUAUAACGCUUUUGAAUCUCUAUGUAUGUGUGCGGCGAACAACGAUAAACAACCACAACCACCGACGAAACGAAGAAGAGGAAAGAAAAAGAAACUCGCAAACAAGGAAAGAACAAAUCCUCAGAUUCCGAAAAAUCCGAUCAUGAUCGAAACGGUGUUCACGAGCCAGACUCUCAUGGGACUCAUCUCCGACACGAAAUCCUUCGAAUCCAUCACCGACGGCUACUUCAAGAUCCUGGAUCUAGACGGAGACGGAAGGCUAUCGCCGUCGGAGCUCCGGAAAGGUCUGAACCGCGUGGUGGCGGUGGAAUCGGAAGUGGCGUCGGGAGAGGAGACCGACAGCGUGUACGAGGCGAUUCUCGAGAGGUUCGGGGAGAAUCUGGUUCCGGGGACGUUCAGGGAUUUGAUUUCGGAGAUACUGACGGCGAUGGCGAGGGCGUUCGGGAACACGCCGGUGAUAAUGGUGGUGCAUAGCGAUGGGUUGAUUAUGAAUGCUGUUCGUCACGAAUCGGAAAAUGCCAUGUGAGAGGGUUUUUGAUUUUAUUAAUUAUUAUAAUAAUCAUGAACUUGAAUUUGUUUAUGCUUGAUUUUCUUCUGGUUCAGUUUUUUUUUUUAUAAUUUAAAUUCGAUAUUAAUGUUUGUUUGAUUAUUACAUUGUAAUGUCCUCUCACAUUAUUACAAUCUGGAGAUGGAACGGGUUAUUGUUCAAGUAGAAUGUGUUGCUGGUU